ACCCUAUUUUAAUACUGCAACCCCAUGUAGAGGGUGCUAUGUCAGCAAAUUAUAAUAAUAUAAAUAUACGUCGGAUUCGCCCGCGCGGGCAGUCUGUUGUCAUUCUCGACACAUAUCGGUACUAAUUCCAAUUACCAAUUCGUUACUAUUCCUAUUUCUAGUUCUACUAUUUCUAAGUGUCCAAAUAUCCUUAAAUACUGUCAAUUGUGGUGAAAAACCAAUAUAAUCAUUUUUGUGUGUAAAAUUAGUUUUUUUUAAAAAACCGUGUUCGAGGAUCCCGUAUAACAUUUGGUGGCAGCGGUGGGAUACCGAAAGUUCAAUAUAUACACAGAUAUAUCCCGAAUACGUCUCCAAAGGACAAACCUUACAAAUUAAAGUGCCAGUGCUACGUUUUCUUCAAUAAUCAAAGGCAAUAAUAAACAACGUUCACCCAAAUAUGCCUUCAACAUCCUAGUGCGCGUGUGUAUUGUGUGCUAGUGAAUCCUGUGGAAUAUAAAAUAAGUGCUGUGUGGAGUUGUUCCUGAGCCUUGAUUAUAAUCAGGCCUCAUCAUCAUGCUGUGGCAGAUCUUCAUUGUCGUGACAAUACUACACAUUCCAAUCGAUGCACGAUCGGACUUUGUCAAGCCUUAUCCUUCAAACGCUGGUAUCUACUUCGAUAGCCUGGGAAAACUUAAAAUAAUUAAGAGUAAUUUAAACGUAAUUAGUUAUGUAGAUAUAUCUUUCAUAAAACCUCAUCUUACUAAUUUGAAUGAAAUCAUAGGUACAUUAAGGUUUAACUGUCAAAAAUUUAACUUAACUUCUUGUGAAAACACGCUAUCUCCUUUAACAGCUCGUUUUACAGACGUUCAACGAGAAUAUGAUUCUAUUUAUCAUCUUAUUUCAAAGCGAUACAAACGUAAUGCAUGGUUUGGCGGUAUAGGUACAGUAUUUAAGCACGUUUUCGGCACGCUUGAUGAAGACGACGCUCUUAAAUACGAUUCUGCUAUAGAAUCUAUACAAAAUAAUCAAAAGAAAAUGGCAACAUUAAUAAAAGAAAAUAUCUUAGUUACUACUUCUACCUUAGAGUCCUAUAAAAAUAUUAUAAACAAAUUAAAAACCAAUCAAGAAAUCAUUAAUGAAUCAUUAAUAUCAUUCCUUAAACAAAUAACAAAUAUCACAGAAAUUACAAACAAUUUAAUCAUAGAAACAAAAGUCCAUUCCAUACUUACCAACCUUGAAAGCUCUUUGCUUACAUUAUCGUUUCAACUCGAAGACUUGAUAAACGCAAUUAUACUCAGUAGUCAAAACAUCCUACAUCCUAACAUUGUAACGCCUGCCCAACUAUACCGUGAACUCGCCGAUAACGAUAGGCACCUACCACGGGACACUGGGAUUCCUAUAUCAUUAAGCCUAGAUAAUAUUCAUUUAAUUUUAAGUAUAUCUAAUGUUGCAUGUUAUUAUUUUAAGAAUAAACUUGUAUUUGUUUUGCAAGUGCCCCUCGUUACCAAUGAGGAAUUCAAUUUAUAUCAUACUUUGGCUCUGCCUACUCCUCAUAGAGUGGAUAACCCAAAUAGUUAUAGUUUAAUCUCUCCUACUAGUUCGUAUAUUGCUAUUUCUAAUAGUAAACAAUUAUAUUGUAAUUUAGAUAGUUUACGUAAGUGUAAGACCAUAUACUCUGAGUUCUUUUUAUGCGAAGUACCGGUAAUCUCGACGACAAGUGAUAACCCGAUAUGCGAAAGUGAACUAUUAACGAAAACUGUUAAUGCUAUUCCUAAACGGUGUGUUACCAAAACCAUAUUCGGCGAGCUAGACAUUUGGCAACCACUAAUAAUCAAUCGGUGGAUUUUCGUGCAGUCUCGUCCGAAUAAAGUGUCUAUCGAGUGUGGUGUUUCAGAAAUGCACGAUUUAACAUCUAAUGUAAACAAACAUAAAGAAAUAUUCGCGGAAUUAGAUAAGAUCAUAGAUGACAAACCAUUUAUUAUUAAAUACGGGACGCAUUAUUCAAUACUUGAAUAA